UGCUGCUGCGAGAGGUGGCCGAGAUGUUCAGCUGGCUGAAGCAAGGCGGGCGCCACCGGCCCGGGGAAGGCGAGGACGUGGUGGAGACGGUGACGGGCGGCCUGAAGGAGCUUUACGCGAAGAAGCUGUUGCCGCUGGAGGAGCACUACCACUUCCACGAGUUCCACUCGCCCGCGCUGGAGCCCGCCGACUUCGACAACAAGCCCAUGGUGCUCCUCGUGGGCCAGUACAGCACCGGCAAGACCACUUUCAUCCGGUAUCUGUUGGAAGAGGAUUUUCCAGGAAUGAGGAUUGGUCCAGAACCAACUACAGAUUCCUUCAUUGCUGUCAUGCAUGGAGACACUGAAGGGAGUGUUCCUGGGAAUGCUCUUGUAGUAGACCCUAAAAAGCCAUUUCGCAAACUCAGCCGUUUUGGAAAUGCAUUCUUGAAUAGGUUCAUGUGUGCUCAGUUGCCCAAUCAGGUUCUGAAGAGCAUUAGCAUCAUAGACAGCCCCGGCAUUCUUUCAGGAGAGAAACAGCGAAUACGCAGAGGCUAUGACUUCUGUCAGGUUCUGCAGUGGUUUGCUGAGCGUGUUGAUCGUAUCAUCCUCUUAUUUGAUGCCCACAAACUUGAUAUUUCUGACGAGUUCUCAGAAGCAAUCAAAGCGUUCCGGGGCCAGGAUGACAAGAUCCGGGUUGUGUUGAAUAAGGCUGACCAAGUAGACACCCAGCAGUUAAUGAGAGUCUAUGGAGCACUCAUGUGGUCUUUGGGGAAAGUGAUUAACACUCCAGAGGUGUUGCGUGUCUACAUUGGCUCUUUUUGGUCUCAGCCCCUGCAAAACUCAGAGAACCGAAAGCUGUUUGAGGUGGAAACACAAGAUCUGUUCCAGGACAUCCAGAACCUACCACAAAAGGCAACAGUGAGAAAACUGAAUGACCUUAUCAAGAGAUCACGACUUGCAAAGGUACAUGCUUAUAUCAUUAGUCACCUGAAGAAGGAAAUGCCUUCAGUAUUUGGAAAAGAAAAUAAGAAGAAAGAACUGAUCAACAACCUACCUGAGAUUUAUAUUCAGUUGCAGCAACAAUACCAGAUCUCACCAGGGGACUUCCCUGAAGUCAAGAAAAUGCAGGAGCAGUUGGAGAAAUACGACUUCACCAAAUUCCAUUCUCUGAAGCCAAAGCUGAUUGAAGCUGUAGAUAAUAUGCUGGCAAACAAAGUUGCCUACCUCAUGACUCUGGUGAGCCAGGAAGAGCGUAACACGCCUGCACAGAAGGUUCAAGGUGGGGCAUUUGAUGGCACCACAGUAGGACCAUUUGACCAGGGCUAUGGGGAAGGUGCCAAGGAAGGAGCCGGCGAGGAGGAGUGGAUUGUUGCCAAAGAUAAACCUAUAUAUGAUGAAAUCUUUUACACUCUCUCACCAGUCAAUGGUAGAGUCUCUGGGGCCAAUGCAAAGAAGGAAAUGUUGACCUCCAAACUGCCCAACAGUGUCCUGGGGAAAAUCUGGAAGCUUGCUGACUGUGAUAACGAUGGCAUGUUGGAUGAGGAGGAAUUUGCAUUAGCAAAGCAUCUUAUCAAGAUAAAACUGGAGGGAUAUGAACUCCCCAGUAGCUUGCCUGUCCAUCUGGUACCUCCAUCGCAUAGAAAACCUUUGCGUGGGGCACAAUGAUAAACACAUUCUAAAAAUGCUAAAAGUUCAGUACCUGUUACAGUUAAAGAUUGUAUAACACACUUGAAGGUAGGGUUCUUGUCAAGCAUUUUAGAGCCACUUCAACAUUGAAUCUGUCCUAUA